CUUGGGUGAGCCGGUUGUGUCCCAGCCUCAGGCCUCCAGUCCUGAGUCUGGGUCCUUGGGGCCCCCACUGUCAGAGGUCUUGCCCCCUCCCAUAGGAAGGAGCUGCUGGACCCCAGGGUCUGGACCCAGGAGGGAAGAAGCACUAACGUCCACUUGCCAGCCAGGGUGUGGCCUGGGGCAGCCCACUCCCCCCAGGAUGUCCCUGCCCAAGGCUGACAAGCAGGAGGAGGAUGGUCUGCGGGCAGCCCAGGAAGCCACCCACAAGCCUGACACCGGCAUGGUCCCUGCGGCCCCCAGGAUACCCAAGAAGUUCUCCAAGCUCGUCCUGCUCACCGCCGCCAAAGACAGCACCAAGGUGGCAGGGGCCAAGCGCAAAGGGGUACACUGCAUCAUGUCCCUGGGGUUGCCUGGGCCUGCCACCCUUGCCAAGGCCCUCCUGAAGACCCACCCCGAAGCCCAGCGGGCAAUCGAGGAGCCACCCCUGGGCCCUGAGCCGAAGCGCUGCAGGCUGGACUCAGGUGACGAUGAGGACGUUUACAGUGAAGGAAGAUUACCCGGGGGGCCACCCCGCAACCCCUUGAUGGAAGGGGAGGAGCCCGAGGCAUCCCCAGAGGAGCCAGGCGUGGUGCGUGCAGUGGGAAGCCCCGAGCCCAGCACGGCCUCUUCCUCGUAACCCUGACGGAGACGGAAAAUCCCUCGGAGAGUCCCUGCCAGCGUCCUUGGUGGCCCAAGCCUCAGAUUCUCAGUGGGAACAUUCAUGAUGAUGACCUAAGAAAGAAGUAUGUAGGCGCAAACACCCUUAUAAACAAUAACUGGUUGGUGUUCCAGGCCACCCCUCUGCAUGCAUCCCCCCCGCAAAAUAAUAAGGUUCACUUUGCCGUCACUGCAGAAAAAUCCUGAAAAAAUUUAUAGUGACAAAAAUCACUGGUAAUUCUCCCAUUUAGACACGAAUCGUCUAAAAGAUGUUUUUGAUCUACAAUACAUACUA